AUUACCUUUGACAACAACAUAGUUCAACUCAAUGAUUUUCCCAAAAAAUUACCAUCACCAUACCAAAAAUUACAUCCCAAAUUAAUUUAGCUACUCAUAAUAAAAACUUUCAACACACAUGCAUCAUAAGAAGGCAUUUUUCAAUUGAGAGUAAAAAGUAGACAAACUUACUUUAACAGAUCUGAAAAAUAGGAGGUCCGGGCUACAAUUUGCUCCGUGAAAAACUACAAAAAUGAUACUAAUCUAAAAUAUGAGAGUAACUUUGUAGAUCAAUGCUAAAAGAAGAGAAAUUCGAAUUUUUGGGAGUGAAGAGUCGCUGUCCAGCGUAUGAAAUCGGAGAGGGGGAGGUGCUGUAUUUAUAUGGCUGGACGCAAAGCGUCCAACCCAAGCCGUCCAGAUCCAAAGCAUCCAAAGUUGGACGCCUUACGCGUCCCGUCCAUUCGGUGCCUGCCACGUGUCUUUCGUGAUGCACAAUCAUUGCCUAGCGUCCAAGGGGAAGCGUCCAACCCGCAAAGCGUCCAAGCCCUGCAAGCUCAAGUUGAUUAUCUAGCCAAGCAAAUACCCAAGCUCACUAAACAAAAGCUAGCUAUGUUGCAAUCCAGUGAUGAUGGAGAAGAAGCUAGUUCUAGUGCCACCGUAAGAACUAGAGCUCAAGAUAAGUCCAGUUCUGAUUUCAAAGUGGAUAUUCCCAUCUUUGAAGGAAAGAACGAUCUGGAUGAGUUCCCUGAAUGGCAAGAAACAGUGGAAAGAGUAUUUGAUUUCAAAGAAGUAUCCGACGAGAAAAAGGUCAAGAUUGUAGCCUUGAAGUUUCGGAAAUAUGCAUCUACUUGGUGGUCCAACAUCAAAACCAAGAGGAAUCGAGAUGAGAAACCCCCGGUUGAUACCUCGCAAAAGAUGAAGACUCUCUUGAAAAAGAAGUUCCUACCUACUGAAUACGUACGUGAGAAUUUUGCUAGGCUUCAAACGCUUAGACAAGGUUCAAAAUCUGUCGAAGAUUACACCAGGGAAUUUGAAGAACUCUUGCUAAGCCAUCAUUAUUGGAGGUGCACAAAUAAAGAAGCAAUUCCUUAUGAAGAGCAUGUAAGGAUCAUAGCAGCAUAUGAGAAUGAACAUGAUGGGAAUUACAAAGAUGUCUUCAUAGAAGAACCAACUUCUAAGUCACAAGAAGAUUCAAUCCUUAUUGAUGGAAACUUCUUUGAAAAGGAUGUCAUGGAGGAAGCUACACUAGGUGAUUGUUGUACCCGAGACCCGGGGUCUUAUCGAGUAGCUAAUUUGGAGAAGGAUUUGCGGAGAAAAUGGACGAUGGAACUGAAGGGGUAAAAUAUGGAGUGUAGGAAAGAGUUCUUUUUGGUGUUUUUAAUGAGAGAAAAGAAUAAGUUUAAGAAGAAGAAAUGGUGAGGAAUGAAAUGGGCAGAAAUAAAGUGAAGGGAUAAACCAAGUUGGUGUUAAGAGAUAUGACACACUCUUAUCUUAACUUGGGGCUUUUAUCUUCUUUUACACAUUAAUAAUCACUACUAAUGUAUAAAAUUAGACUCCUAACACGCACUCAAAAGUAGCCAACUUUAGAGAUAUUUCAUUAGGAAAUUUGGUUAAAAUAGCAUCACACUAUNAUGCUUAAUGCCCAUCCAUGUGAGUUGAUUUUCCAUGAUGCUUCUCCUGAUUUUGAGCUGAUCUUCUUUGGGUUUAUUUGGGUAGAAAUUUCGUGCAUAUAAGGAAGAAAACAAAGGGGAAUCAAGCUUUAGACUUUUGUGAAUAAAAUGCCAAAACAGCACUAUUCAUUCAAUGACUUUGUUUCUGAUUUUGUUCCUUUGUUUCAAAAGUGAUUAUGCUUUUGUUUUGUGGAAGAAAAGGCUUUAUUCUUU